CAGGGCGACAAUAAUUUUUAUACAGGACAGAUUAUGACAACUUCUUUCCUAAGGAGAAGAUGUUUAAAUUUUAACAAAUGAAAUAUAUCUUUCAAAUACUGGAUAAAAUGAGAUGCUUGCGAAAACGUUCUACCGUGUCUUUCUUGGGUGUUCUUGUCGUUUGCCUUCUAUUAAUGAACUUGUACAUUGAAGAUAGCUAUGUUCUGGAAGGCGACAAACAACUCAUAAGGGAAACAUCCACACAUCAACUUAAUUCUGAACGCUAUGUGCACACAUUCAAAGAUUUAUCUAACUUCUCAGGAACCAUAAAUGUCACCUAUCGCUACCUAGCUGCCACACCUUUACAGAGAAAGAGGUAUCUCACAAUUGGUCUUUCAUCAGUGAAACGGAGAAAAGGAAACUAUUUACUCGAGACAAUAAAGUCAAUUUUUGAACAGUCCAGCUAUGAAGAACUAAAGGAAAUUUCAGUAGUGGUGCAUCUAGCCGACUUUAAUUCAUCCUGGCGUGAUGCCAUGGUCCAGGACAUUAUGCAGAAGUUUGCCCAUCACAUCAUUGCAGGAAGAUUAAUGGUUAUACACGCUCCUGAAGAAUAUUAUCCAGUUCUGGAUGGUCUUAAAAGAAAUUACAAUGACCCAGAGGAUAGAGUCAGAUUUCGCUCCAAGCAGAAUGUAGACUAUGCUUUUCUUCUUAAUUUUUGUGCCAAUACUUCAGACUAUUACGUCAUGCUUGAAGAUGAUGUCCGGUGUUCCAAAAAUUUCUUAACUGCCAUCAAGAAAGUCAUCGCCUCCUUAGAAGGAACAUACUGGGUAACUCUUGAGUUCUCAAAACUUGGCUACAUCGGUAAACUCUAUCAUGCUCACGAUCUCCCACGACUGGCCCACUUUUUAUUAAUGUUUUAUCAAGAAAUGCCUUGCGAUUGGCUAUUGACUCAUUUUCGAGGGCUCUUGGCUCAGAAAAACGCGAUCCGAUUUAAACCUUCCCUCUUUCAGCACAUGGGCUAUUAUUCAUCCUAUAAAGGAACCGAGAAUAAGCUGAAGGACGACGACUUCGAGGAGGAGGCAUUCGACAUCCCGGAUAAUCCCCCGGCAAGUCUCUACACCAACAUGAAUGUCUUUGAAAACUAUGAAGCAAGCAAAGCCUACAGCAGUGUUGAUGAGUAUUUCUGGGGAAAGCCACCUUCCACAGGCGAUACCUUUGUCAUUGUAUUUGAAAAUCCAAUUACGAUUAAAAAAAUUCAAGUGAAUACAGGAACAGAAGAUCGACAGAACGACAUUUUGCAUCACGGAGCUCUCGAUGUUGGGAAAAAACUUAUACUAAAGAAGCAAAUAAGACAAUGUGAUACGUACCUAAGACUGGGGGAUUUCAAACACGGAAACUUUGAAAUGUCAGAGGUGAAUCAAAAGAUUCCAUUUGACAUCCAUUGCAUAAGGAUAUGCGUUACCAAAACCCAAAAAGAAUGGCUGAUCAUUCGGAGCAUCAGCAUUUGGACUUCCUAGCCAAUUAAAUCAGUCUCCUGAGUUUCUGAAGCGGGCCUUCCUGUUCGAGUUUUUCCUCUCCUUCCUCUUUUGCUACUUCUGUCUUUUGGAAGGCAACCAAUGGAUGUGAUGUGUCGCGGGAAAAGUUGAUCAUCUCAGCAGUUCUGAUUGUAGUUUAGUGAAACACACACUUGUAUGCUUUCACUUUUGAGGUCAAAGGUCAUUCUGUAGUUAAGGUUGCUGCCAUCCAUAUACUUAAAUGUUUAUAGAUCCACGAUUUCAAGCAGGAGUCAAAAGAGUGAUGUGAACGAUUUAAAAUGAGAAAAUUCUUUCAGUGGAUUAUAAUUAAAACACAGUUGCCAGCUGUACGCACUUAUUCAUGAAUGGUUAAUUCAUUAUAUGAUCAGACAACUUCUCAUUCAGAAUCUCUGAGAAUAUGCUGUUGGUUGCAAUCAUAAGCUGUGAUGCUUUUCUUGGAAAUUUAGGCUUUCACUGACUGCUCUAUUUCUACAGUUAAUACCUCCUCAAAGCAGUGAAGUCUUAACAGCAGACUAUUUUGUGUAAGUAGGGCUAAAGAAAAAAGAGACUUAAAAACAAUCAUUCCUCUGGUUGUUUCUAUGACAAGAAACAUUGCUCCUUGUUUUAAAACAUUUAAUUGCUUCAAAAAAUUUAAUUUCAAUUUUCUGUGGGAAGAAUUCCAUUUCUAAGUUCCCACUGGAAAUAGAAAGUUAAGCUUAGUAUUUUAAGGUUAUAUAGGACCCCUGUAAUUAACAGACAAAAAGAGAGGACCUGUAGUUAGUCCAUUUGUUCACAGUUUCAGUAUAUGCAGAUAAAAUUGAAAUUGAUUUUAUAUUUUUUGUAUUAAAAUUCAUGUGAUUGAA